UGGCCCGGCCCCCUUGAGGCUCCUGAGCGAGUGCAGGCGACUCCUAUCCGUAUCCAUCAGCUCGCUGGGCAACGGGGUUUUUGCCGCUGCCGCGCCCCUUCCACUUGCUCCUUCCUUUCCGCCUGAGGUGCAGGAGAGAGGGAAGGCUCCCAGUAGGCCAGCGAAGCAGCAGAGCGCGGGCGAAUCUCUUCUACGAAGGGCUAACAAGGGCCGGCUGAAUUUGCGACCUGGAGGCGGCUGCUCUAGCGGCAGCGAGGCAGUCAUAGUCAGGGGUUUCCUUAGGAACAACCAAUGGGCGGCUGUGGGUACGCUUGGCCCGGCCCCCUUGAGGCUCCUGAGCGAGUGCAGCCGACUCCUAUCCAUAUCCAUCAGCUCGCUGGGCAACGGGUUUUCUGCCGCUGCCGCGCCCCUUCCACUUGCUCCUUCCUUUCCGCCUGAGGUGCAGGAGAGAGGGAAGGCUCCCAGUAGGCCAGCGAAGCAGCAGAGCGCGGGCGAAUCUCUUCUACGAAGGGCUAACAAGGGCCGGCUGAAUUUGCGACCUGGAGGCGGCUGCUCUAGCGGCAGCGAGGCAGUCAUAGUCAGGGGUUUCCUUAGGAACAACCAAUGGGCGGCCGUGGGUACGCUUGGCCCGGCCCCCUUGAGGCUCCUGAGCGAGUGCAGCCGACUCCUAUCCAUAUCCAUCAGCUCGCUGGGCAACGGGGUUUUUGCCGCUGCCGCGCCCCUUCCACUUGCUCCUUCCUUUCCGCCUGAGGUGCAGGAGAGAGGGAAGGCUCCCAGUAGGCCAGCGAAGCAGCAGAGCGCGGGCGAAUCUCUUCUACGAAGGGCUAACAAGGGCCGGCUGAAUUUGCGACCUGGAGGCGGCUGCUCUAGCAGCAGCGAUCGUCAGGGCGCGAUGGUUUGUGGCGGCUUCUCCUGCUCCAAGAACAGCCUCUGCGCCCUCAACCUGCUGUAUACGUUGGUCAGUCUGCUGCUGAUUGGAAUUGCAGCAUGGGGCAUAGGCUUUGGCCUCAUAUCCAGUUUCCGAGUUGUCGGCGUAGCAGUUGCAGUGGGGAUAUUUCUCUUCCUGAUUGCCCUGGUGGGAUUGAUUGGGGCCGUCAAGCACCAUCAAGUCUUGCUCUUCUUCUAUAUGAUUAUUCUCUUGCUAGUAUUUAUUAUACAGUUUUCCGUCUCCUGUGCUUGCCUAACAUUGAACCAGCAACAGCAGAGCAAGCUUCUAGAAGUUGGAUGGAACAACACAAACAAUGCAAAGCAGGAUAUUGAGAGGAAUCUGGACUGUUGUGGAUACCAAAAUGUCAGUGAUGAGACCACAUGUACUGCUAAUUGUGUUCAAUUACGUUCAUGCCACCCCUGUGCACCUAUACUGAAUGCGUACUCAGGAAUGGUCUUGAGAUAUGUAGGGGGUAUUGGACUCUUCUUUAGUUUCACUGAGAUCUUGGGAGUCUGGUUGACGUACAGAUAUAGAAAUCAAAAGGAUCCUCGUGCAAAUCCUAGUGCAUUUCUUUGACUUGGAAAUUUUCUCAAGGAACUGAAUAUUUCUUUUCCUGCCUUUUUCAAAAAUGAAUUCUCCACUAACUGGCUGCUCUUCAUGUUAAGUGUGGGUUUGCACACUUGAUACAACUACACAGCUAGAAAUGCCUCAUAUUUUUGAUGUAUUCCCCUUGGAUCAAAUGGCUGGAAAUAUUUUUGUCAACUAUGUUACUACUGGGUUUGGGGUGGGGGGAAGAAUCCUUGAGGAAUGUGGAUAGAAAGUUCAACUAUUGCAGUCUUGCUGUAACUAUUUGGUUUUCCUGUCUGUUGGUUUGCUGUUGGGUUAUUUUUUGGGGGGGGGGAGGGGAAUCUCUGAUACUUCAUUUGUCAGAAAUACUUAAUCUCUGUUUCUUAAAAGAAUAGUUUAAUGCCUAGAGCUGUGUAUUUCAUUUAAAAUCUACUGUAAAUUACUUCAAUGCUGCUGGUUCCCACUGUGGUAUUUUGGGUUAAAAAAAAAGAACAACCUAGAAAUCACUUGGCAUCUGGAAACUCAUAUCCCACCUUUUGAUUAUUCCCUGUUCCCACUCCCAUUCAUUCCAGUAAACAUUAAUAUGUGAAAACCUGGGUAUACAGGUUCCUUUUGUUGUCCUUCAAUUUCAGAAUUGCUACCAUGAUUCCGUUCCAGAGCUCUUUCAGCAUUUCGGGGCAUGAACCGAUUUCUGUGUGUGAGCUUUCUCACCCACUUUAAUACUGGAGGCAGCUCUGUGUACACAAACCCACUGCUUUGGAGUGGCAGGAUGCUGUUCACAGCCAUUGAAAUUCACAGUAGAUUUGUCAUUGAGUUAGGGUAUAGAGUAUAGUUGGUGUUCUUUAAUAUGUAUUGGAGCAGUAAUAACAGGUGAGAAUAAAGAGAAAUGUGAAUUUUCCUUGUAUACCUAAUAACUUUUAUUUGAAUGAAGUAUGUAAUUGAAAUGGCUCAAGAGAGGAGAAUGUUCAGUUAAAUUGACAUACAAUUGGUCUCCAAUGCCUCAAAAGGUCUCUUUACUAUUUUUGCAAGUAGAUUGAUAAAUUAAAGUUGUAACUUAACUGUGAUACUGAUGUUGGUCUUUAGAUUUAGCUAAUUAUGUAUGUUUGUUGAUAUCUAACAUACUUGGUUAUAAUUGUGAAUUAGAAUACUGAAGAUCUAUCGUUGUAGUGCUUCAGUUUGUUUGUAUUUAAAAAAAUAAAACUUUUGUGAUGA